AUGGAAGAGAAGGAAUUAGAGGCUAAAGUAAAAGGUGUUUUGGUAAAUGAAGUGAGGGACAUAGCUGCUAGUCAGGACCCAAAUAACACUCGGCUACUGUGGAAAGCAAAUAGUGAUGGUAGCAUACCUUGCCCACCAGAGGAGCUUGGAGGUUGCGGACGCUCAGAUUUGGACCUCAAACGCUUGUUCCCACAGAACAUGCUUUCCGAGUUAGAAGAACGAGCAAACAGAAUUGUUAGGAGUGAAAUAUUUGUAAAAGCAGUAGCCGAUAGAAAUGAUCAGUGCCCUUGCUAUGAUCAUUCAGGAAAGGUGAAAAUAAGUCUACACCAGUUUUUUAUGAGAUAUAAGCAAGGCAGAACACACUCCACAACACACUGGCCUGAGAUGCUUAAGCUAAAGGAUUGGCCACCAUCUAAUUUGUUUGAUCAGAGAUUGCCUCGCCACAGUGCCGAGUUUAUCAGAGCGUUGCCGUUUCCUCAGUACACUGAUCCUCGAUAUGGUCCACUAAAUCUUGCUGUCAAGCUUCCUCAUGGGGCCCUGAAGCCAGAUCUUGGGCCAAACAUUUGCAUAGCUUAUGGAUUUCCCCAAGAGUUAGGCAGAGGUGACUCUGUGACCAAGCUUCACUGUGACAUGUCUGAUGUGGUAAAUGUUUUGAUGCACACAGAAGAAGUGUCCUACGAGGAACAUGAGCUUUGUGAGAUCGAGAAGACCAGAAAGAAAAUGAAAGAACAAGAUCUUCGGGAACUUUACGGUGUUUUAGAAGCAGGCACUGAACAUAACCUAUCACAAUCUUCUACUGAAUCCAGCAAUAUAGCUUUUGAUGAAACAUCAAAUACCUUGUGUAAUCCUCUGAUGCAUAAGACAACUGGUGGUGCUUUAUGGGAUAUUUUCCGAAGAGAGGAUUCUGAUAAAUUACAAGAUUAUCUUAGGAAACAUGCCUCAGAGUUUCGGCAUAUCUACUGUAAUCCUGUGAAGCAGUGUCUGUCUGGUGCUAUUAUGCAUUUUCCCCUAUGUGGUGGCAUGCUCCUUUCAGGUGUCGAACCUUGGACGUCUGAGCAGAAGCUUGGUGAAGCUGUUUUCGUUCCUGCUGGAUGUCCUCACCAAGUCAGGAAUUUGAAGAAACAACCUGAAACAAUUUCCAUUGUGCAGUCUUGCAUGCAGGUUGCAAUGGGUUUUGUUUCCCCUGAAAAUGUUGGCGAGUGUAUUAAACUGGCUGGAGAGUUUCGACAACUUCCAUCUUAUCAUGAGGCAAAAAUGGAUAAACUGGAGAUUAAGAAGAUUGCCCUUUAUGCUCUGAAGGAAGUGAUAGAUUUCUUGGACCCUUCUUGCUCUGAAGGGUCAAGCAGUGGGGGCAUAGCGAUCAUUCUGUCAUGGAUAGAUUGA